AUGCCGCCAGAAGACGCCCAAUUCCUACCCACCUACAGCCAGAUUGCUUGCGUUGGCGCCGGAAUAAGUGGCAUAGCACUAGGCGCCACGCUGAAACGUUGGUAUCAAAUGGACGACAUUCGGUAUUUUGAGCGACACAGCGAUUGCGGCGGAACCUGGCACAUUAGCUCCUAUCCCGGUAUGUCUGUUGAGUCCAUUGAGUUCUCGGCUAACAGUAUCUACAAAGGCUGUGCGUGCGAUGUCCCGAGCGCCCUCUACAGCUAUUCAUUUGCGCAGAACCCAAGCUGGACCAAGUUGAUGCCUUCGUACAAGGAAAUCAAGGCGUACCAACAGGAAGUAGCCGACAAUUAUGGACUCCAUGAGAAAAUGACGUUUCGCACCGAGGUCAAGGAGUGCUGGUGGCGAGAAGAUGCUUCACGAUGGCUCAUGAAGCUACGCAACGUGGAAACGGAUGAGAUCUCCUACCAUGAAUGCCAGAUACUCUUCGGCGCGACGGGAGUCUUAGUUGAACCUCGCGCCUGCGAUAUCCCGGGCGCGUCAACAUUCAAGGGCUCUCUCUUCCACACCGCGAGAUGGAACCACGAUGUUAGUCUGGACGGAAAGAAGGUCGUAGUCAUUGGUAAUGGAUGUACUGCUGCCCAGGUUGUACCAGCUAUCAUGGAUCGCAGCGGCUCAGUGACGCAAAUCAUCCGCAGCAAGCACUGGGUGGUUGAAACGGCCAAUGUGCAAUACACCCCUACUAUGUUAUGGGCCUUUCGGAACAUCCCUGGCCUCCAGGCACUCCAUCGUUUCGCUAUAUACCAAGGCGCUGAGGCUGACUGGCAGCUCUUCCCUAUGACGAAGUCGGCUGCUAAAUACCGCCAGACGCGACGCAAAGAGAUUGAGGCCUAUAUGCGAAGGGCCGCGCCGGCCAAAUACCAUGACCUUCUCAUCCCAGACUUUGAAGUCGGCUGCAAGCGUCGGAUCUUCGAUUGCGGUUACCUCGACUCCUUGCACAAUGAUAAGUAUCUCCUCACGGACGCCAAGAUCCUCGAAAUCACCCCGGAAGGUAUACAAACCUCGAACGGACUCAUUGAGGCAGACGUGAUCGUCCUUGCGACCGGAUUCAAUACGAACACUUUCCUCCCGGGUAUGCAAGUUCAUGGUCGAGAUGGCAUAACCGUUGACGAACACUGGAGCCGCCAGGGCGGUCCAGGGGCAUACAAUACCUGCGCGAUGAACGGCUUCCCGAACUUCUUCGUCCUACUGGGACCAAAUACCGUAACGGGCCAUACGUCGGCUGUUAUGGCUGCUGAGAACUCGGUAAAUUACGCACUUCGCGUCCUAAAACCGGUCUUAGAUGGCGCCGCAUCAGCCGUUGAAGUCAAAGCUGAUGCGGAACAUGCUUAUGUCGAGAGCGUCCAGACUGCGCUACGGAAUACAGUUUGGAACGCUGGCUGUCACUCGUGGUACGUCAACGAGAAAGGCUGGAACGCGAUGGCCUAUCCCUGGACGCAGCCCCAUUUCUGGUAUAGAAGUUUGUUUCCGGUUUGGAAGGAUUGGAAUAUCAAGUGGGCACAGAAACCAGCCACUCAGGCUUGGAGACGGCUGCUUCUAGCCGUAUUACUCGUCGUGAGCCUUGGUGUAUUUAAUCGUGCUGCCACUUCCCGCAACGUUUCAUGGUGGACAGGGAUAGUUACUGGACUACGGAAGAGAGUUACCGCGUAGGUGUAUUGGAUUGUCCUGUAGCUUUAUUAUCAGGAUACGGGUGUUUAGUACCACAAAUUCAUCUUAUUGGUUGUCUUAA